UGCCAGUCACGGCGCGUCUCGCACUGCUGGAGCACUAGAUGUAACCGGUGUUCACGCGUUCUGCACAAUUUUCACUUUUCGUUGCGUCUGCGCAUAAAGUACUAGUAUUUACUUAAGUAAAGUUAAGUACAUAAUACUGCUGUGAAUAGGAUUUGUGUGUGAUUUAAACUUGUGUUCGAAAUUGAUAUUUCUGGCACACAAUGGCGUCAGAAGUGAACGAGUGGUACAAUGGUCGGAGUGUCUUAGUGACUGGUGCCCUGGGGUUAAUGGGCAAGGUGUUGAUUGAGAAACUGCUAUACAGUGUACCUGACGUCGGCUGCGUGUACGCACUGGUACGGUCGAAGCGAGGCAAGUCGCCGGAGACACGCAUCGAAGACAUGUGGAAACUGCCUCUAUUCAAAAGAAUAAGAGAGGAGAAGCCACAUGUUAUGAAGAAGCUGAUCCCAGUAACUGGCGACAUAAUGUACAAUGAACUGGGCAUAUCUGCUGAGCAUUUGAAGAACAUCUACAAUGAGGUGUCAAUAGUAUUCCAUUUUGCGGCCAGCCUGCGUCUAGAAGCACCUCUGAAGGAGGGUUUAGAGAUGAACACAAAUGGCACCCUGCGAGUCCUGGAGAUGGCCAAGAAGAUGAAAAGCCUCGUCGCUUUCAUACACUUAUCUACUGCCUUCUGUUAUCCAGAUUAUAAGAGAAUGGCUGAAAAGGUGUUCGAUCCUCCAACGGAUCCGCACGAGGUGCUUCGCGCAGCUGGCUGGCUGACGGAGGAACAGCUGAACCUUCUAGCACCUUCCAUUUACCAAAAGCAUCCGAACUCCUAUACGUACUCCAAGAGAUUGGCUGAAGCUCUGGUCCGAGAGAGCUACCCGAGUUUGCCUACUGUUGUUGUUCGACCUAGCAUAGUAACUCCAUCGUACAAGGAGCCUAUUCCAGGCUGGGUGGACAACCUGAAUGGUCCAAUUGGCCUCAUGGUGGGCGCAGGUAAAGGCGUCAUCAGAUCCAUGCAUUGCUAUGGCCACUACCAUGCGGAAGUCAUUCCUGUUGACAUAGCCAUCAACAGCAUCAUUGUGAUCGCCUACAAAACUGGCAAGGAUACUCAGAGGCACCCCGAAAUUCCAGUAUACAACCUAACGACUGGAGACGACCGCAACACGACGUGGAAGCAAGUCCUAGACAUUGGCAAGGCUACUGUUCGCAAGUUCCCAUUCGAAGGUCCUCUAUGGUACCCCGACGGGAACAUUAGACACAACAAAUUUAUACAUGACAUGUGUGUCUUCUUCUAUCAUAUUAUACCUGCCUACUUCAUUGACUUCCUCAUGUUUUUGUUCAGACAGAAGCGAUUCAUGGUUCGAAUUCAGAAUAGGAUCUCUAUCGGUUUGGAAGUUCUCCAAUAUUUCACGACUCGGGAAUGGUGGUUCGAUACAAACAACUUCAAGUCUUUGGUUAAUAUACUGAACCCUGUUGACAAGGAGACGUUCCCAAUGGAUACGACCAUUAUAGAGGAUGAACCCUACAUAGAGAGCUGCAUGAUUGGAGGCAAGCUGUACUGCUUGAAAGAAAAACUGGAGAACUUGCCAAAAGCCAGAUUGCAGAACCAAAUAUUGUACAUCCUGGACCGCUUGGUAUCCUUAUUCUUCUACCUCGUGCUGCUGUACUGGAUCGUAUCUUACUUCGAACCAGCUCGGGAACUGCUCUCGUACGGCGGCCCGGCCGUUCGAUACCUACCAUUAGUCGGCAAAGCAGUAUUCAAAGAUGUGUAAUGAAAUGUAUUCAAAGAUGUGCAAUAAAUAAACCCAAAAAAAUCUAAAAUAAUGAAAAUUCCAUUUCGUUUGAAACUUAUUGUUUUUUAGAAAUAUGAGUCCAAUUGACGUUAAUUAGUUAGAUACUCUGAUAAUUUCAUAAUAAUUUUUGUAUGAGUUACACAAUCCGUAUAAAAUCAUCGUUUUGUAUAAUUAUGUUUUAGAAAAAACAUUGAAUUUGACCAGGUGUCAUCUCUAUUUAAAAACGCUGUAACUAGGUAACUUUUAAUAUACUUACGAAGGUUCCACUGGUCUAGACCAGAAACAAAUUAUAUUGGAUAAGACAAAUAAUUCAUUCAAAAGUAUACCCUUUUUAAAAAUAAAAAGCAAAAAUUUUUUAAUGAAUAAAUUUUUUAUUGGGAGUUGGUGAUCAAGAUAUUUUUAUCAAAUUCGAAAAUAGUAUUGUAACAUUUGAUAAAUGCAAGAGGUAGGAGUAGAAUAGUUAGUAUGUACUUACAUAUUUGUAAUUUUUGUAUUUGGGUUUAAAAAAAAAUAUUAAAUAGACUGAACUGGAUUCGUCUUAUUUUGUUAGUGGUUUUAUGUGUACGUCUAAUUUUGAGAAGUAUGGUUAUAAAUAUACAGUUGACAAUAGAAUGUAAGACGAUACGAUCCACGACAAAUAAAAAAAAAACAAUACAUACUGUUAUAGUGAUUUUUUUGUAAAUUUUAUAAUACAUUUUUA